ACGGGGUCCUCGGUAACCCGGAAGCUUCCUCUCACAUGGUUUUGUGUACAUUUACCGGUUGCUAAGAGCACUUAUCACACUGUCACAGUAGUUUCUGCUUCCCUUUUAUAGCAACAGACUAAAAGACGGGUUAUAAGAAGAUGAAAGUGGUUGCGUUAAUCAGUGGGGGCAAAGACAGCUGCUACAACAUGAUGCAGUGUGUUGCUGCUGGACACAAGAUUGUUGCUCUGGCCAACCUGCGCCCUGCUCACACAGAUGAAUUGGACAGCUACAUGUACCAGACGGUGGGUCAUCAGGCAAUAGAGCUGUACGCUGAUGCGAUGGAGUUGCCUCUUUAUAGACGUACCAUACAAGGUUCCAGCCUGGACACGAGCAGAAAUUACAGUGAGACAGAAGGGGAUGAGGUGGAAGACCUGUAUCAGCUGCUGUACCUCGUUAAG